AUGGCGAACUUUAAUCAGUUGCCAUUGAGUUGUUUGCCAGCCAUGAAGAAUUACGCAUUGUCUUUCCUGUUCUGCUGUCUGAUUGCCGGAGUUCUGAGCGCCCCCCAGUGGCCAGGAUCAGGAUUUGGCUACGGAUUCGCACCUUAUGGAGGAUACGGAGGAGGAUAUGGAGGAAGCUAUGCCUCAUCUAGUGCAGCAGCAAGCAGCAGUGCAGGAGGAUAUCAAGGAUUUGGAUAUCCAGGAUACGGUGGCUAUGGAGGAUUUGGAGGAGGAGGAUACGGAGGAGGCUAUCAGCAGCAGUACAAUCAGUACAGCAACUAUAAUAACUACGGAUCUUCAGGCUAUGGCGGUUAUCCAUUUGGCAGAUGAGUUGGGAAAUAACGACUCGUAGCUGCUGGAAAUUUCUGGCCCUGUUUUGUUUGAUUUCUUUAUUUGGCUUUUAGUGUGUGCUGGAGGUCAAUAAAACUUAAAAAACCCCAAAUGAUUCACCAAAGUGUGCAUUAAUUUUUCUAUUUGCAUGUUUGCUAUCAGAUAUUUUUUAAAAUGCUGAGCAUGUGAAAAGUG